CCCUCUUUUAUUAUCUUCCGACUCCCACAAGUUUAGCCGACUUCUGUUAUGAAAUGGGAAUAAGGCCGGUGGUCAAGACAUAGCCUGACAGGAAGCGUGUGGACUUUAUUUAUACUAUGUUUUGGAUGGGAAAAAGCAUAGUUUAAGUAUGCACUCGCAGAUAUUAUGUAGCGGCACAGCCGCGGCCGUCGCUGCCAGAAGAAUGCGGAAUGUGCUGGGUGCUGUCCUGGGAAGAGACGGCUGGAUGUGGAGAAGUCAUGAGGUCAAACUUCUCAACACAUCCUCAGGUGACACUGUGAAGAUUGGAGAGAUCUCUUACAAACUCAAAACACCCCGGAAUCCCGAACUUGUUCCUGUCAAACACAUUUCAGACUCCUUACCACAGACUGUAGUUCAGCACCUACGAUGGAUUAUGCAGAAAGACCUGUUGGGCCAGGAUGUGUUUCUCAUCGGCCCCCCAGGACCACUGCGACGAUCCAUUGCUAUGCAGUACCUUGAGUUGACCAAACGGGAGGUAGAGUAUGUUGCUCUGUCCAGGGACACCACAGAGACGGACCUGAAACAGAGGAGAGAGAUCCGCUCAGGGACCGCCUUCUACAUAGACCAGUGUGCAGUCAGGGCAGCAACGCAAGGCCGAGUCCUGGUCCUGGAGGGGCUGGAGAAGGCCGAGAGAAACGUUCUGCCUGUCCUCAACAACCUGCUGGAGAACAGGGAGAUGCAGCUGGAGGACGGACGCUUCCUGAUGUCAUAUCAGCGAUACGACAAGCUGCUGCAGGAGCACACCAAAGAGGAGCUGGACAGCUGGAAGAUUGUCCGUGUGAGUGAGGACUUCCGGGUCAUCGCUCUUGGCCUUCCCGUCCCCAAGUACAAGGGCAACCCGUUGGAUCCUCCUCUCCGCUCCCGCUUUCAGGCCAGGGACGUCUAUUACCUACCAUUCAAGGACCAGUUGGAGCUGUUGUACACCGUCGGACCAAACAUUGCUGCAGAAAGGGUGUCCCAGCUGCUGUCUCUUGCCACUACGCUGUGCUCCCAGGAAUCAUCCAACCUCGGCCUUCCUGACUUCCCUGUGGACAACCUGCUUCCUGCCCUCCACGUGUUGAAUGCGUUGCCCAUGCUGUCCUCCCAGCAGCUAAUCCAGAGACUUUACCCCUACAACAGCAUCCUGGGCAAGGACGGGCGCACCGCUGUGGAGGGCGUCCUCAGUAGAUUUGAGCUUUUGGAUGGUCGUCGUAAGCUAGCCCCGAGCGCCAUUUUGAGUGUGUCCAGGACAAAGGACCUUGAGGGCCAUGCAGAUGUCGCAUUACUUGUCGCGGACAAGGAUGUCACCUUUCAGGUUCCAGCGGGCGUCAAGGAGCUGCAUCCACCCAACAGUAGCCCUACCUUCAUCAGUACACCGAGCCACUCCCAGCUGAUGGCUGAGAUGAUGCAGUCCCACAUGGUCAAGGACAUAUGUCUGAUAGGAGCCAAGGGUUGUGGCAAGUCAGUGAUCGCAAGAGAGUUUGCUGAGAUGCUUGGUUACAGCAUAGAGCCGGUCAUGCUCUACCAGGACAUGACAGCCAGGGACCUUCUGCAGCAGAGGUGCACUCUCCCUAACGGAGACACAGCGUGGAGGCCGUCUCCACUUGUCACCGCUGCCAUCGAGGGCAAGCUGCUGGUUCUGGACGGUAUACACAGGGUCAACCUGGGAACCCUGGCUGUGCUAUCUAGGUUACUCCAUGACAGGGAGUUGGAUCUGUACGAUGGGACCAGGCUGCUGAGGUGGGACAGGUACCAGACACUAAAGGAACAACUGCAGUUCACUGACCAGCAACUGCAAGAGAGAUCCAUCUUCCCCAUCCAUCCAUCAUUCAGGGUGCUGGCCCUGGCGGAGCCCCCCAUUGUGGGUGCCAGUACAAACAGCAGCAGAGGUCAGCAGUGGUUGGGCCCAGAGCUGCUCACUAUGUUCCUCUACCACACUGUCAGCCCUAUGGCUAGAGCAGAGGAGAUGAAGCUCAUACAGGGACUGACUCCUCAUGUUCCAAAGGAUGCAGCCGAGCAGCUACUGCACCUCACACACAGUCUGCGCAAGACAAAUGACGCCACAGCCCAGUCUCUGGCCUCUUCUCUCUCCACCAGACAGCUGUUGAGGAUCUGUCGCCGUCUCUCUCAGUACCCCGAGGAGAGCAUCGCUCACGCUGUCAAUAAGGCUUGUCUUUCUAGGUUCCUGCCCAGCCUAGCCCGGGCCUCUCUUGAUAAAAGCCUCGCCAACUGCUCCAUACAGGACACCCCCGAUCCUGCUGAACACACUCGUGACUUCAGCUGUUCGGUGAAGGAUGGCGUGCUAACGAUUGGCAGCGUGUGUGCUCCAGUGUACGACGCCGAUGACAAAAUGAAGGUUCCAGACGUGCUCUUCUACGAUAAUCUCCAGCACAUGAUGGUGAUGGAGGACAUGUUGAAGGACUUUCUAUUGGGAGAGCACCUCCUGUUGGUGGGCAACCAGGGCGUGGGUAAGAAUAAAAUAGUGGAUCGAUUUCUGCACCUUCUGAACAGGCCCAGAGAAUAUCUACAGCUCCACAGAGAUACGACCGUCCAAACUUUGACCCUUCAGCCGUCAGUCCGAGAUGGCAUCAUCAUGUACGAGGACUCCCCUCUGGUGAAGGCAGUGAAACUGGGUCACAUAUUAGUGAUUGACGAGGCCGACAAAGCUCCGACUAACGUCACCUGCAUCCUCAAAACCCUGGUGGAGAGCGGAGAGAUGAUCCUGGCCGACGGACGCAGAAUCAUCUCAGAUCGCCGUGAAGCUGAGGGGAGGCCCAACACCAUAGUCAUGCACCCAGACUUCAGGAUGCUCGUCCUGGCUAACCGACCUGGUUUUCCUUUCUUGGGCAAUGACUUUUUUGGAGCUCUAGGGGAUAUUUUUAGCUGCCAUGCUGUGGACAAUCCAAAGCCCCAGGCGGAGCUGGCAAUGCUGAAACAGUACGGCCCCAACGUUCCCGAUGCUACUCUGCAGAAGCUGGUGGCCGCAUUCGGAGAGCUGAGGUCCAUGGCCGACCAGGGCACCAUCACCUACCCCUAUUCCACCCGAGAGGUGGUCAACAUAGUCAAACACCUUCAGAAAUUCCCGGACGAGGGUCUGGCCAACGUGGUGCGAAACGUCUUCGACUUUGACUCGUACAACAAAGACAUGCGAGAGGUCCUGAUCGAAGCGCUGCACAAGCACGGGAUCCCCAUCGGAGCCAAGCCCAGCUCUGUCAAACCGGCCAAGGAGUUGCCCCUGCCAGAGGUCAAGAUGACGGGGUACUGGACCGUAAACCAAGGUGGCAACGCACGGCGCAAACUGCUCUGUCCCUCUGAGACACGCCCCAUAGACAUCAAGGGCCCUGCGUUUCUGCGUGUGCAGAGUUACCCCUGCAACAGACAGGAAAGCAGGGCUUUGAGUUUCAGCGAAGAGAAAGCCCACUGGCAGAUUCCCAUGAAUGAAGUGAACAUCAUCUGUGAUGUCACCACCAAAGAUGAUGUGGUGUACGUUGCCACGUGUAACCCGGUGUCCCUGUACUCCAUGAAGGAGCGCGGGGAGACCAUUCAGUGCAUGGAGCUCUACGACGUCUUCCCCAGGACCGUCACCGGCGUCGGGCAGCCCUUCGUCACUGUCGCACCCCUCGGCAGUCCUCUGGAUGGACAGGUGGUGCUGCACGAGGAGCAGAGUAACACGGUGCUCCAUUUGGACAUGGUAACGGGCGCCGUGCGGAGGCUCAUGCUGUCUCCGGACACUGAUCCGCCCUCCGCCACCAGAGCCUCCAGUUGGUGGAGCAGUAAGGAACCACAGGGAGGGCAUAAAAUGUGUCAUGACUUCGCCCACAAAAACUGGCUCCUCUUCUAUAAGGAGGAUGGCAACCAGCUGGAGGUGCUGGAUGUGCUGGAGGGCCGGGUUCACUCUAUCUCCCUACCCAUCAACCUGAAAUCGGUCUUCCUCGUGGCAGAGGACCGCUGGCUCCUGCUGGAGAGCAACACAAACAAGAAGUUCCUGCUGACCAAGCCCAUGCAUAUGAAUGCUGAAGACUCUGGAGUGUGUCAGCUCCACAGCGUCAGUGAGGACUCCGUCAGCACAGGCCAUGGAGCCAGCUCAGCGGAGGUGGCCGUGCCCCAGAUGCUGUCGUGUGAGCAGCUACCCAACGAGAACCUCAGUCUCGCUCUGGACCAGAACAUCGUUUCACCCAACCGUAUACUGGCCGACACCGGCUCCUUUGCACGGGUGGUUGUGGGAUUCCCAGACCUCGUGUCCCCUAACGAGGUGUACAGCUUUAAGAGGCCUGUUGACCUAUCAGCGAUGAAGAGUGCUGAGACUGGGUCUCACAUGUUCCUAAGAGGGGGGCUUCGGACUGGCGCAGCCAAACAGGAGAAUUGUGUCAGUCUGCUCUCAGCCAAUCAGGUGGUCCGAGCCCUUCCACCCAACAAGGUGCCCCUGAAGGAGGUCUACCCCGAAGAUGUCACACCUCCAAUGACGGCAGCGUACCUGGAGGUGACUGAUCUGAACUCCAAAAAAGUCAAAUAUAUUCCCGUCCCGAGGUCAAUGACGGUGUCGCCUUACACCAGCUGGCUGUCCAAGGUGUCAGAGUCUGACGUGCUCAUAGCUGCUCUCGGUUCUGGAGGCGUGGUCACCGUGGAUAUGGGCGGGUACGUCCGGCUCUGGGAGACCGGAUUGGACACCCUGCAGCGGUCGCUGAUGGAGUGGAGGAAUAUGAUUGGGACAGAGGAUGGCAGGCCUUUACAGAUUACCAUCCAGAGGGACAGCGGUCUGGAUGUCAGCGCCCCGAAACAUGGCAAGUUCGACCCCAAGAAUGCUCCUCACGUUGGGGGAAACCAGUGGGCAGGAGGCACAGGCGGCAGAGACACGGCGGGGCUGGGUGGCAAAGGGGGUCCCUAUCGGCUGGAUGCGGGACACAAAGUCUACCAGGUGUCCCAGGCUGAGAAAGAUGCCGUUCCGGAAGAGGUCCGCAGAGCAGCCCGCGAAAUGGGGGAAAAGGCCUUCAAAGAAAGGUUGAAGGAGAUUGAUAUGAGCGAGUAUGAUGCCGCCACGUACGAGCGCUUCUCCAACGCCGUCAGGAGACAAGUUCAAUCACUGCGCAUCAUCCUGGACAGUUUACAGGCUAAAGGGAAAGAGCGGCAGUGGUUGAAGAACCAGGCUCUGGGAGAACUGGAUGAUGCUAAAAUCAUAGAUGGGCUGACUGGAGAGAAGGCUAUAUAUAAACGCAGGGGAGAGCUGGACCCAGAGCUUGGCAGUCCUCAGCAGAAGCCCAAGCGUUUGCGGGUGUUGGCCGACGUGUCGGGCAGCAUGUACCGCUUCAACGGCGUGGACGGCCGGCUGGAGCGCUCCAUGGAGGCUGUGUGCAUGGUCAUGGAGGCUCUGGAGAGCUACGAGCACAAGUUCAAGUACGACAUAAUCGGCCACUCAGGCGACGGCUACGACAUCGAGCUGGUCAGAGCUGACAAAGUCCCCAAGAAUAACAAACAGAGACUCAAAGUCCUCAAGACCAUGCAUGCCCACUCUCAGUUCUGCAUGAGCGGCGACUACACCCUGGAGGGCACCGAGGCCAGCAUUAAGGAGCUGGCACGGGAAGAGGCCGACGAGCACUUUGUGGUGGUGCUCAGCGAUGCCAACCUGGAGCGCUACGGCAUCCGGCCCGAGCGCUUCGCCCAGGCCCUGACCUCUGACCCGCAGGUCAAUGCCUUCGCCAUCUUCAUCGGGUCCCUGGGCGAUCAGGCCGAAAGACUCCAAAAGACCCUUCCGGCAGGGAGAUCCUUCGUCGCCAUGGAUACCAAGCAGAUCCCCCAAAUCUUGCAGCAGAUCUUCACAUCUACGAUGCUGGCCAGUGUGUGAGACUGACACGCACAAAACAGCACAAGCAAACUUCUUAUCUCAGCCGUUCAAAACCUCAACAUUUGUUCUGCAAGCUGCAAAACUUGUCAGACUUUGGGUUUAAGUUCGUGACUUAUCACGAUGUGUCCUUAACCCACUUUCUGUAUCAGAUUAUAUAACUUUAUCUGAGCUGUAUCAGGUCUGAGGACAGAUCUUUUGUUUUUUUUGUGUGUUUUUUUUAAUACAUAAGCCUUCGGUUUGUCAGUAAAAUCUAACAGUGUUGUGUUAGCGUGACAGGAUAAUGUCGAGUGAUGUUUAGCUGCUCCGUAGUGUCCCUCUGGGAAUAGGUACUGAACAAUGUGUUCUCCGAAAAAAAAGCCUGUGAUCUUUGUGCGUUUUAACGACUGUGUACUGUGUAAUGACACGCACUGUACCUACAGUAACUAAAUGAAUGCCUGGAGCCCGUCUCAGACCCCAUGCGGGGAUCAAACCCACAGCCUAACCUGUUGUUUUUGUGUUUUUUUCGGGGCCGACUGCGCUGACGCACGCUAUGCGUCUUCGUCCUGUUUUUUUUUUUUUGGCCUGCGAGCAGCUUAACUUAGAAGGGAGGGUCAUGAACUUGAAACGGGCCCCCUCUCAUUUGGACUUCCUCCUCAUUAAUCUGUCUGUCACACA